GCCCCCCAGGGACAGCAUGGACAGCGUCAAGCAGAGCGCCGCGCUGUGCCUGCUGCGCCUGUACAAGGCGUCUCCGGACCUUGUGCCCAUGGGCGAGUGGACGGCGCGCGUGGUGCACCUCCUCAAUGACCAGCACAUGGGCGUAGUCACGGCUGCCGUCAGCCUCAUCACCUGCCUCUGCAAGAAGAACCCGGAUGACUUCAAGACCUGCGUCUCCCUGGCUGUGUCCAGGCUGAGCAGGAUUGUCUCCUCAGCCUCCACAGACCUCCAGGAUUACACCUACUACUUCGUCCCUGCCCCUUGGCUGUCCGUGAAGCUGCUCCGGCUCCUGCAGUGUUACGCACCCCCAGAGGACGCAGCAGUGAAGGGGCGGCUGGUGGAGUGUCUGGAGACGGUCCUGAACAAGGCCCAGGAGCCCCCCAAGUCCAAGAAGGUGCAGCACUCCAACGCCAAGAACGCCGUCCUCUUCGAGACCAUCAGCCUCAUCAUCCACUAUGACAGCGAGCCCAACCUCCUGGUCCGGGCCUGCAACCAGCUGGGCCAGUUCCUCCAGCACCGGGAGACCAACCUGCGCUACCUGGCCCUGGAGAGCAUGUGCACGCUGGCCAGCUCCGAGUUCUCCCACGAGGCAGUCAAGACCCACAUCGACACCGUCAUCAACGCCCUCAAGGUAGGGCU